AUCUGGGAAACAUAAUAAAUAGUGCGGUAUUGUCAGAUCUGAAACUUGAGCUUCUUUGUAACGCGAUUAUUAUUUUUUAUCGUCAAACAGUUUAAAUCAGCGCAAUGGCUCGAAAAAUGGUCGGAGGAACAUCUGAGGUGAAGCAGGCGACUGAGGAGGUGCAGAAGAUUUGUGAUGAGGUUAAGCCACAAGUAGAGGAGAAGGUGGGCAAGAAGUUUGAUGUUUUCAAAUCCAAAUCUUUCACAACACAGGUUGUGGCAGGAACAAACUAUUUUGUAAAGGUUCAUGUGGGAGCAGAUGAAUAUAUUCAUUUGAGGGUUCAUAAGUCUCUUCCUCACAGUGGUGGGAAACUUGAGCUUCACAGUGUCCAGACCUCUAAAGCUCAUCAGGACCCUUUAGAAUACUUCUAAAUAAAUGCAACAGUCCAUUAUACCUAAAUGCUUGACUAUUAAUGUUACAAGACCUUUAAUGUGGACCGAGAAAUACUUGCAUCAAAUCAUUCCUUCUGCUUUAUAAAAGGACACUUUUAAAAUAAAGGGAUUUUUUAAAUUCAA